AUGCAGACGCGCGAACGGAAACGCGCAGCCCCACGGAGCAAGACGUGCCAGCUCGCCGACACGCCGGAUCGAGACAGCGACAACGACAAGGAGAAUGCAGAGAAUGCGGCGACCGCAGAACGUCGCGACACACGAGACCGAGUCGCGCGGGCUCCUCGUCGAGGCAACAAGGGACUGUCUGUGAGGCAGCAAGUCGGCAACUCGGCUGGCAGCAGCGCUGCGAGUCAAGAAUCGCCGCCCCGUUUUGCCUGCAAGACGAAAAAGACGCUGUUUCGCACGCGGAAGAUGCUGAAACGGGAACGGCAGCUCGAAGAAGAGGAGCGGAACAAGAAGCGCAUUGAGGAUCUGGUUGCGUACUUUCAGCACUUGGACGAGCAGAAGCUCGAAACGGCUUAG